AUGUCUGUUGAUCCUUUGUCCUCAACAACUGCUGGCGAAGUCCUGUCUGUGUUGCCUGCUGUCCGUCACAGAGCACAUGAUGAGGACUCUGGUUAUACAGAUUCAUCCCACCCUACUAAACGAGCAUGCAACUCUACAAUACACACAUGCUGUGGACCACCCAGGGAGCCACCUGAGCCUGGAUUAUGGUUACAUUGGCGGCACGCUGCUGCAACUGGUGAUGAUCCUCUGCGCCUCAAAGAUGGAGAUGGAGAGGAGGAGGAGGAGGAGGAGGAGGAGGAGGAGGAGGAGGAGGAGGAGGAGGAGGAGGAGGCAGAAGUGUAUGUGGCAGAAGGUGAUGUAGGGGAAGUGGAUGAGGCAGAGGUGGCUGAAGCAAAUGCCAGGCAAGGUUCAUGGUGUCACCGCCGCCCAGAUGACCCCAAGAUCACAUGUAGUGAUGAAGCUGCUACCAUCAUCGCAGAACUUGCAUCCGCUCACUACAACUCCACCAUCCACAGUCCCCUAAGCUGGCUGCAGGAUAUUGCAAAUCAUGUGCAGACUCCAUGCGUGGAGCACGAGUCACUGAUUUCUGUUGUGGUCCAAUGUCGAGGAAUCAUAAGUAAGAACAUUCAUGCCAACUUCCUCGUCAUGAUGAACUACAUGACGCUCAUCUGCAAGUGCCAAAGCAUAUGCCUCAAGACUGGUCUUCACUUAAAAGCGAUAUAUGACCAAGAGAUCAAGCACCAUAGCUCUGCAAGAAAGAUCUCUUAUUGA